AUGCUGCGCACCUGUAGGCUUCGCCACUUCGACACCUUGCGUGGUAUAGCACAAAAGCCCUUGGAGGACACCUUCUCGGGUGGGCUUGUGCAUUUGGUCCCUGACGUAGGCCGGGAGUUGCGGAGUUGUGGCAGCUGGCUGGUGGUGAAUGGAUGGCUGGUGGGUUCAGAGCUGGAUUUCGAGAUCAUCCAAACUCAGUUGGACACGGUUAGGGGGGAGGUUGCAAGCCUUCGAUCGGUGCUCACCGCUCUUCGUGGUGAGGUGAGGGAUUUGAAACUCCAGGUCAUUGAUCUGCAGGAACGUGGCAUUGAUUUGAGCUCUUCGGGCCCCUUCACUUUGAUUUCUGAGAUUCGGGACUCAGAGGCCGCUGACAAAGCAGCCUACGAUCGUGCCUUGGCUCACACAGCCCCCGCUCCAGGAACAUCCUCCACGCCUGAGGCUCCCCAUCUGGAUUCCGAGCGUGAGGCAGCGGCUCGUGCUGUCGGUUGUUUUCUGAGGAGGGCACUUCGUGGGGAACCUCGUGGUGCAUCGGGGCGGGACCGCAUUGGCCUUGCCUCGAAGUACUGGAUCGUGGUGCGGUCGUUUGACGACCAGGUGUUUUCUCCCGUUCGAGUGGUUCGCAAGUGGGCAUUGGCUCGUGAUCUAGUGAAGCGUGGUUCAGAGCUCGGUGAUUCGAUCUUCGUUGGCCUCCCAGCCAUUCAGGACAUCCAGCAGGCUAUCACUGCAGGCCAAAGUGGCCAGCCAGUUCAUCUACAGAUCAUUUUGGUGUCUCAGUUUGAAGGCAAGACACUGGUCACAAUCCCUUUUUCAGGAUGGCAUCGGUUGAGAGCUCAGCGGAUGGUCCCGCCGGACACCUUGACCAAAGCCACCCUCGUCGAAGUUGUUGUUGCAGAGCCGGACGACCGGCAUGCUGUCUCGCCAAUCGAGAAUUCAUUGAAAGUUUGGGUCGGAUUUUUGAAGCCGAGCCUAGUUCCAACCAUUUUGUUUCCAGAGGAGGGCGAAGAUCUAGACGAGGACACUCUCCUCUUUUCUCCAGACGGCUCAUUGGGCAUCUACCCCUUUGCGGAAGGCUUGGUGGAGGUCUGUCAGGAGCAUUUUGCUUUCUUUACGGCAGUGGAGCACCCAGCGCCGGAGCCCGGCAAGGUCGACGUUUCUGGGUCUCACGAUCUGCAAUCCAGAGUCUUGCAAUUGGAGGAGACUAUGGCUACUGUGACGACAGGCAUUCAAGAGCUGAUUCAAAUGCAGAAGACGCAGGCUGCCAAGUUGCCUCAGCUUCCAUUCACGGCUGCUCCUCCGGCAGAACAGAUUUCCAAGCCAAAGGUGAAGGCCUCUCCUGUGCAAAAGGGUGCAAUGGCAACAGCCGAAUUCCCUUUGUUGGAUCAAGCUGUUGUUCGGGCGGCGCAGCAAGCGGGAGUGGCAGACUCAGCUCUCCAAGAGAUGCAAGCGUUGAUGGCUUCGGCAGGCAAGGCCAGAACUGUCAGAGAGCCUCGACUUCCUCCCAAGGUCAAGGCAGGCCCAUUGUCCGAAUCGGACGAGGAGCCGGAUGCAGACGCUGCUGGAUCGGGCGACCUCGAACCUGCUGCGAGUUCAGAUCCGAUGAUGAAAGCUCUAGGCAAGUUGACCGACAUCAUGGACGUCCUUACAGCCGAAAAGAGAAAGAAGAAGUCGACUUUGGAGGCUGCGUUGGAUGGUGUUCAUGGCGGUGGAUCGGAGUCCGUCGGGUCGGGUGCGGGCAAGCGCUCGGCGAUAGCUCGCCGGGCUCUUAUGAAGUCACUGACCGCCAGUCCUCACGAGAUCUCCCGCAACAUCGAGAAGCUGAUGAUGGAGGACCUGGCAGGCCGCACUCGCACUCCUGGAAUGCCGGAACCGGCCCUGUCCGCGAGAGCUUGGGUCGAGCACCGCAGUUUCAUUGGGGCAUACAAGACUCUGGCUCAUGCGGCUUGGGGCAUCAGCGGUGUGUUGGACUGCUUGAUGAUGGAUCGGGUGGAGGAAGCAAGAGCCCGCAGCUGCUUGCUGCUUCUGCAGAUGGAUCAGGCUGCAGCAGACAGGGGCAGUUGGCAGAUGGCAGCCACCUUGAGUUUGGAGGCUCCUCCGCCCUUUGCAGUAUUGGCUCAACACCAUCCACCAGAUGUCUCAAUGGGGGAUCCACCUUUCAGCAAGCUGCUCGAUCCUCGCUGGUCGGAGGUGGCCUUGGCGCACCUUCGGGACACAGAGGACUACCUGGACAAGCGCAGGAAGCUCCAAAAGGGCGGCAAGAAAGAAGACACCGCCAGCGGAGACGAUGCUCAGCCCAAGAGGAAAGCCAAAGCCCGUCCAAAGCGCAAUGUUGACGGGCUCUGGAGAAAACGGCUCAUUUCUCUGCAGUCGGUUCUUUUGAGUUGGUUGGCCUUGGGAAGACCGGCACGAGCACCACGAACGAUGGGCCUUGGCACACCGUUGUCAGCCAAGCAGUGGACAGCAAUCUCCGUCCUUAGGCAUUUGAACUUUGAUGGAAAUACACCAGAAUUCAUCGAUGCUGAUCUCAUGGGCCGGGGGGCUGCCAAAUUUGAAUCCUUUGAGGAUGCAUUGGGAGCUCUCUGCAAAGCCAUGGCCUCAGUUGACCUGCAGUCGCAUGGAUACUACACAGAUGCUUUGUCCCGACCUCCGGUUGACUAUGACCAUGCGGCUGUCACUUGUGGCAAGGUGAUAGGGAAGAUGCAAAAGAUGAAUGUGAGUCCAGCCAAAGACAUUGAGGCUGAUCGGAUUGAAUUCCCAAAUCCGCCUGCUUUCGACCCGGUCCCUUUGCUGGAUCAAGAGACUGCUGCAGUGUAUGAGAGGCCUUUGGAAGUGGGCCCAGAACUUUCUUCCAUUACAGAAGCAAUUCCAGUCGUGCACAUUCGGGCCAGUUCGAACAACAAGCUUGAACUUUUGAAGAAGCUGGCAGACUCGAAACGGCUCAAAAUCAAUCAGACCAGAGACCGCUUGAUUCUGGACGCUCGCCCUGCAAACUUAGCUGAUGCGGUGCUACACAGAUGGUGCAAGAGCAUGGCUUCCGCUGCCGCUCUGGCUGACAUUGUUCUGGAUCCUGAGCAAAUACUGUUGGCCUCGGGCGAGGAUCUGCGAGACUUCUUCUACCAGUUCACAGUGGGAGACCAGCGAGUGAGGCGCAAUGCCUUGGCUGACCCCCUUACUCUGCAGGAGGCUCGAUAUGUCUUCAGCGAUUGGCUGGAGGGCUAUGAUAGCCCCGUUUUCUGCGGGCUAGCCACCUUAGCCAUGGGCGACCAAAACGCUUGUGAGUUUGCUCAGUGCUCACACCUGGCCAUGAUGCUUGAAGCUGGAGUCCUCUCACAGGAUGAGAUGAUAUCCCUGCAAGGGGACAUACCUAGAGGGCUGCUUUCAGUUGGCGUGAUCAUAGAUGAUCUUGUGUUGCUUGAGAAGCUGCUCAGAGAGGACUGGCAAAGCGUGUUGGAUGGUGUGCAGACAACAGAAGCAGACAAGCGGCUUGACAAAGCAUUGAGCUCUUAUGCAAAGCACGGCCUUGAGGUCAACUUGAAAAAAGAGUUUCGUAAUCAAGCUUUGUCCCGGUUUUGGGGAGUCGAGAUUGACGGUGUUAAGGGUUUGCUGCGGGGUUCUUCAUUGCGGCUGUGGCCUUUAGUGGUGAUUACAUUGCGCGUUGCCAUGCUUGGGCUCAGUUCGGUGACACUUUUGGAGGCCAUUGCAGGUUCCUGGGUAUCGUUAUUUGCAGUGCGGCGUAGGCUGUUGUGCACUAUGAAUGUUAUUUUUGACGCACUGGGGUUUUCAGAGCAAGCAACUAUCCUGAGGCUAUCACCUGAGAUGCGCAGUGAACUUUGGUGUAUUGCACUUUUGGGACCCCUUUCUGUUUGCAACCUCCGUGCCCAGUACGAACCCUUCGUUACCUCGACCGACGCUUCCCUCGACUGGAUGGCAGCUGUGAGAGCACCUGCACCCUUGACGCUCGUGUCUGAGGUUGCCCGCCGUGGCUUGCGCAAAGGGCGAUGGACUCGCCUCCUACCUGCAGACAAGUCAGAGCUAGCAGUCGCCAAGAAUGACUUUGAAUGUGCGGACUUGCAGUCCAAGUACAUGCCAGAACUGAAGCCUGCUGCAAGGCUGCCUCGAACGAAGCGAUGUUUUCUUGAUCAUGCGUUGGCCGCUGUGAGCGAAGCUUCGCCCGACGGUCAGUCGGGUUUGAACUCAGCAGUCUGUGCGAAGUGCUUGGCUCAGCGGCGGCAAUACAGUGUGGCUGGAAAGGAGAUGCGAGGCUCGAUGUUGCCGGCUGCAGCCGCACUGGUUCUCUCCGCGCAGGGGAAGCCAAAACUCCUGGUCCUCGGCGGACCAGAGCAGCCAGGUGUUGAAGCCAUCCUGGGUGACCUGGUGCUGCUGGUUCACUGGGACCAAGCGCAGCCCACGCUGUCGGUGGAGCAAGUGGCCGCCUUUCAACUUCAGGUGAAGCAGGCAGCGGCGAAAUUGACGAUGCUGUGGGCGAAAGGAAAGAUCUCGAACCUGAGGUGCCCGGACGAAGAGCCGGGCGAGCGAAGAGCGGCUUCGACUCUGGGGGAGCUCCGCGCCAGUGCGGGUCAUGAACUGUUGGAUGACAUGGCGACACUUCAGCAGUCCUUGGACUUGAUGCUCUACAGUGUACAGGGAUCUCUCAGGCGGGCGACGGCUGUACGUGGCGGGAUGGGCAAUGGCAAAAGGAUGACGCUUGAAAGCCAUCGCGGCCAUGCGAUGUGGCUGGAUAUGGAGGAGUUUCCCGCCGUUGCUUUAAGCAAAGACUCGAGCCUAGCAGAGCUGAAGAUUUGGUUUGUAAGCUGCUGGUGCGUGCGCGCCUCCCACCCUUCCAUGCAAGAGCAGACUCUUUCGGUGCCCGAUGAAGCACCACCUAAGCCAUCACCGAUGGAGCUGAAGCGCCUGCAUACACAUGAAUUGCUUUCAGAGAAAAGCAUUCUGGAAACCGCGACCAACAGCUCUUUCUCCGAAGUGUUUAAUGAGAUUCAGCUGCUUUUGAGGAAGCUUUGCGAUGUCCAGGAGGCAGAGAUGCUGAAUUCUCCCACAGGUGGAAAUGCUGAGUCGCUGCCAUCAGAGAGAAACAAUGAAAAGCAGGUCCUUUGACUCUGUGGACUUGACAAAAGCCUUGACCCGACGGCAUGCUUUGGGCCAGAAUGCACCAAGUCCCAGCUCUUGGUGGGGGUGGAAGGUAGGUUUAUCUUAUGUUGUGACAUGCAGCUGCGGGUCCAAACGCCAGGCCCCCAGAUGAACCAGUUGAUGUUCUCGGGUGCCCACCAUGUGGACAUACUACGCAUGGACAUCACAAUGCAGGUGCAACAGCCUGCCAGCCAGUUCCAGUGUUUUUUUGGAUGCGGUAGGGUAUAUAGUUCAUAGUAGUUUGAGGUUGCACUAACUAUCACCCGUGUUUAAAAACAGGUAUACCUGCCACUAGGGUGAUAAUGAAGGUGCAAGAACUGUUUGCCUCAUUGAGGUUUUGGGAUUGCUUGAGUCAGAACAUCCAUGACUACCUACCACCAAGUGGCACAAGUGUGAGGAGUUUCUAAAAGGCUUCCAGGCGCACAAACUAUCAGGCUACCCCAAGCUGUUGCUGCCGUUUUUCUGGGAAGCCUCAAACUGAAUGAAUUUCAUGUGGUUUCACGAUGACUCAAAAGUCAUCAAAUUUGCAUCCACGACAGGAAGCAUAUUUUUGGUGAUGUGCUGUUCAGCAAUGUCCAGUGGCCGCAGGUCUUUUGUCGACGUUUUUGUCUUGGAAGCAGUUGUUGCCGCUCAUGCCGGCAUACUCAUGCUUCACGGCCUACGUAUAUGGUCAAUGCCAAAAAAGCAUGCAUGUUGUGGGUGAGGGGGCGCAGGAACUUGUCUUUUCAAGUGCCAUCUUUACCAGGCUCAGGCUUUCAGGGA